AUGGUGCCGCGAGCGUUUGCUUUAUAUGGCAGUGGUAUGCCACCACAAUAUCCAGCAUUUCCGACAGAUUUUCUUAGUCGUGGUCCUUUCUCGAACAAUUUAGGCAUGGCAGCACUGGGAUCAAAUACUUUGAAUACACAUUUUCUGGGAGCUAACAUACUCAACGAUAAAGAUAAAUUCGAGGCCAGUGGUUGUACAUAUGACAGCGGCCGUGCUCGAUGCAUCGACAAUUUGGGUGCAUGUAAAGGAAGAUGCAAGGAUUUCGGCAGCGGCUUAACCCACGAUUGCAAAUGCAUACCUGACAAUUUGCUAACUAUUCUUGGUCUAGCAGUCGCGCGAAAGUAA